GACUCCUCUGUUUACAGACAUCCGGAGAAACAUGGAGGACAGCACUGGCAGUAAUCCCCAGUCUCCCGGAUUCACAGAGAAACUGAAGUCUUGGCUCUCUUGGUCAUGGACUUAUGUGUGCUUCCUUUGGUUCGGGAUGGUGCUGAUAAUGAUAUACGUCCUGUGGAGUCCGCUGAAACUUCAGGAAACUCUUACCUCAGCUUCAGUGUUUUUAAACACACUGACACCCAAAUUUUACGUGGCUCUCACUGGAACCUCCUCUCUUAUCUCUGGACUCAUCCUUAUAUUUGAAUGGUGGUAUUUUCGUAAAUAUGGGACUUCGUUUAUUGAACAAGUAUCGGUGAGCCACCUGCGUCCUUUGCUUGGUGGAGUGGAAAGCAGCUCCACAACUGGUCUGUUCUCAUCAGUUAAUGGAGAUGCAGAGCCUAGGCCCAGUGUUUCAGAAUGCAAGGUCUGGCGAAAUCCUUUGAAUCUUUUUAGAGGAGCUGAAUAUAACAGGUACACCUGGGUGACUGGGAAGGAACCCUUAACAUAUUAUGAUAUGAACCUAUCUGCUCAAGAUCAUCAGACCUUCUUCACAGGAGAAACUCAGCAGUUAAGGCCAGAGGAUGCUGUAAGCCUAGAUGAUCAUCUUCUUACAGUGAUGCAGAAGGCCUGGAGAGAGAGAAAUCCUCAAGCCAGGAUCAGAGCAGCUUAUCAGGCCAUAGAGAUCAACCACCAAUGUGCUGCAGCCUAUGUGCUUCUAGCAGAGGAAGAAGCAACAACUAUCACAGAAGCCGAACGCCUUUUUAAAAAAGCUCUAAGUAUUGCAGGAAAAGAUAUCAACCUACUAGUAUAUAUUAAACGCAGAUUGGCAAUGUGUGCACGCAAGUUGGGGCGAAUUAAAGAAGCAGUAAAAAUGAUGAGAGAUUUAAUGAAGGAGUUCCCAUUGUUGGGAAUGUUAAAUAUACACGAAAACCUCCUUGAGGCUCUUCUAGAGCUUCAGGCAUAUGCUGAUGUGCAAGCAGUCCUUGCAAAAUAUGACGAUAUCAGUUUGCCAAAAUCAGCUACUAUAUGCUAUACAUCUGCGCUGCUGAAAGCACGGGCUGUCUCAGAUAAGUUUUCACCAGAGGCAGCAUCCAGGCGGGGGCUAAGCACAGCAGAGAUGAAUGCUGUGGAGGCCAUACACAGAGCCGUUGAGUUCAAUCCCCACGUGCCAAAGUACUUAUUAGAGAUGAAGAGCUUGAUCCUGCCUCCAGAGCACAUCUUGAAGAGGGGUGACAGUGAGGCAGUAGCAUAUGCUUUCUUCCAUCUGCAGCACUGGAAGAGGGCAGAAGGAGCCUUAAACCUACUACACUGCACCUGGGAGGGCACUUUCCGAAUAAUUCCCUACCCACUGGAGAAGGGUCACCUCUUUUACCCGUACCCAGGAUGCACAGAAACAGCAGAUAGGGAACUACUGCCCUCUUUCCACGAGGUGUCUGUGUACCCAAAGAAAGAGCUUCCCUUCUUCAUCCUCUUCACAGCAGGCCUUUGCUCUUUCACUGCCAUGCUGGCCAUGCUCACACAUCAGUUUCCUGAACUAAUGGGUGUCUUUGCCAAAGCAUUCUUCAGCACACUCUUUGCACCCCUGGGUUUCUUCGCAGACAAGAUGGAAAGCUUCAUGCCGUCCAGUUUUUGGCACCAGCUGACUCGGAUCUGACCCCGUCUAACACAGACACAAUGCAUACACACACACACACACACACACACACACACACACACACACACACACACACACACCAAACCCUUGAACAAAAAGUGUUUUCUCUCCUGUCUUCAGCAUUACUGCCCACUUGCUGCAUUGUUACUGAUUACCGUAUGUUGGCUGAAGUUGUAUCAACACAGUAAUACUACUUCUAAGAUGCUCUCCCACACUCUUCCAAUAGUCAGUUUUUCCAAGAACACAUUUGGUGAAUACCAUUUGCAACAGUUUCAUAGGGUCAUUCACUUUUGUUAGAAUGGGGAAAUCCAGCAUUUUUCAAUAAUCCAGAAUGCCUCGGUGAGAGGAGCUCCUGAGUAAAUUCAGAUUAAAAAAAAGAAAAAUUAAAAUUUGGUUUUGCCUGUGUAUGGAAGAAAAAAUGUGUACAUAAAGGGUCUCCUGCCCAUUUGCAAACAAAACAUAUUCUUUUUCUUUGUGUAAUCAAAAAGAUGCCAUUCAGUGGGCUAUAUCGACCCUCACACACAUCUAGCAGGGCAGAUUUAAACGUCUGAGGCCUCCUAAAACAGAGGCAGGAUUUAUAACCUCAGAGGGACUGCAGUGUAUACAAUGCCUGUGCAGUUCAACUAUUGUCGCUAAGGCUGAAUAUCUCAGCACUACAUCUCUGGGGUAACCACUGCAUCAUCAAAAUGUAAAUAGGAUCAUCAGCGGUCAGCAAUCAUACUUAAAAUCACACAGCAUAGGCAAUUUAACAUCUUCAAUAACAAAAAUUAAAACAAUUCUAAAUUCUGUGUAAGGUCAACUUGGGGCAAUAACCCUCACGAUCUAUCAUUAGGCAAACAUGUCAAGUUGGUCACUUCAACUGCCUGCUGAUAUGCAUUUAGAGUGGGCAGAAUUUCCUUUUCCUUACUUUACUAACAUUUUGAUGACUGUCUGAAUUGGUAUAAUUAAGCUAAUGUUUUCUUCUGUGAAAGGUUGUUUUUUUGUAUUAAAUUAAAUAUGCUCUAUUAGAGCUAUACAUUGAAAGAUCUUAUUGAAACAUAACAACAGGAAACAAAUGUACCUGUUUUUAAUUCAUAGAAAACUUAUACAGGUAAUAUAGAAAGUUUUAAAAACCACAAAUUUACUUAAAUAAUUUUCUUAAAUCUCAGGUAUCAGUUUUUUCUCAGAUAUCCUGACAUCACGGUGACAGCUUUCCACCUUACGUGAAAGAAAAUGUUAUAAUAAUUUUAAAAAGUGCCUUUUAGAUCAUUACAUAGCUAAACUACUGUGUAGUGAUUAAAAGCCUGUUUGGUAUUUAUUACACCUGCAGUAUGAUAGACUCAGUUUGGGAAAAAAUGCUUAAAGGGUCAUUUUUAUAGAAAUGUUAUAUGGAAUCAGUAUAACAAUGAAAAACAAAAGCAAAAAAAGGGCAUGCUGGUUAUUAUGCAAGGGAACACACAAACACAUCAUUCAGACCUACUCCAAACUCUGACUACUUAGACUGCAUUCUGUGUUUUACCUUGAUCUUAAGUAUUUGUCUAUUUAAAUGUGUGACACACAAAGGAUCUUUAGUGUGCAGCUGAAAUUUAACAGUAUGCUGAAGACAGGAGGAUCUGUGAACAACUGUAACUACGCGUGGAUGAGUUUGAAAGCAAAACAAAAUAAAUUAGUCUUUCAUUGACCUUUCUGUGCUUUUGUCAUAUUUCUGAUUUGAGUUUGUUGCAAAAGGCCCCAGAUUUACCCUGUUCAAGGCAAAGUUGUGUUUCCUAUAAGCAAGCUUUAUUUUUUGAUGAUUUGUUGAAAACGGCUUACAGAGGCACGGCCAAUGGCUUAGCUGAUAAAAUGAGACAUAAAUGCGGUCCUUUGCACAGCUGAUGUCAUUUUCCUCCAUCUUUUUAAAUCUCUAGUGUCUUAUUGAAAGACACUUACUCUGGCAUCCAGCUACUGCUAUAUUUAGCCAAGAGCCAUUUUGCGCAGCAUUAUGAUUAUACUACUCUGCCACCAUCAGCAGAUGCUUUAAUGUGGCAUGUUCCUGCUGAACCUUUGAUGCCAUAAUCAUACUCCAUACACUCGCGCUUAAGUGGUGUGCAGCAGUAAUGAAUAAGUCUGCUGAGGACUGUUGACUGGACCUCAAGUGUUUGCUCAGAGUGCCAGAGCGUGGUUUCAUGCUGCAUGUCGAAACUUGAAUUGCUCACGGACCUUCGUGGCAGAGCCAUUCAAGGUCAAGAUGACAGGAAAAAUAUGUAAGAAAGAAAAAAGGAAAAUGCAUUUGUGUUGAAACAUUUACAUUUAUGACCACAGUCGGUACGGUUAGUACAAAAUUAAAAACUUGAAUGAGGGGGGGUAAAUCCAUGUGGAAAACUGUUUAAUGAAUACAUUUAUGGUGGUGAUGCAUGACCUUAGUGCAUACCUUAAACAGUUGACCCACUAAAUAAGAGUUUUUAAUACCCCACUAUCAAUCUAGUAAGGUCACCGGCAUGAUAAAUGAACAAACUCUUGUGGAGUGGGAUCUGUGCCAAGUCCAAGCAUGUCCCUGAAGGCUGCAUACAGUAUGUGUUGGACUGAAGACUCUUGAAAAUCUGCUUCUGGGAGUGAAAGAACAUACUGCUCACAACAGUUUAUGUGUUUUGUCUGUCCAUGGGUCUGUUCCACUGUGUUCACAUCGACCCUUUCCAAAAAAGCACCAAGUGAAAUGUGGUUUUGUAACUUAUAAAUUCUGACAUUAUGAGGUGUUAUGCAUAUUUCAUCAUGACCACCCAGUGCGUUUAUAUAAGCAACAUGGCACAGCGCUAACAGUUCUAUUGGUCCAAUAUUCUAACGUGUCCAUUGCAUUUGACAUAACCUGUCACUCACGUGUGAUAGACUAUAACUGAUUACAGUAUAUACUUCAUCUUUCACACUUCACACUGGUUUGCUCUGCUGAAAACAACUGCGAUCUAGAUUUUUAUUACAUGAUUUGACUGUUAGCUCAAUCUAUCUGAUCCUAUGUUGCCGCAGUAACUGAUAUUUAUCAGUUUCAUCGACUGGCCUUAGUCCUGGCGUUCCAUAUCAGAAUUCAGUUAAAACUGGAAGGGAUGUUUCCUGAGGACUUCUUCAGCCAAGGUAAGUGCACUGCUGUGUUUCCUAACAUACGUAUCUUUCAAAAUUUCACUUGGACGAAUAGCAUGUAAUCCCGUUCCUUCUUUACCCUUCGGGUUAUGUCUCUUUGAUUGGCAAAAUAAGUAACUACUGACUGUUUUCAUGUGUAUUGCUAUGGUUAUUUGCUUAAGAGUAGCGCAGCUUUUUUGCUGUUUGCUAAUUAUUGGUUGCUGGCGAUGCUGAAAUUGACAUGGCAAUGCAUGCUGAGGUCUAAAGAUAACACUUAAAUCAGACUAGUUUAAUGUUAUUUGCUUUACAAGAGUAAACUUGUCUUAUUGCAAACCUGGUUUUGUCACACAUAUUGAAUGUGAAUGUCCUCACCCUAAAUCUUUACUGCUGCUUAUACUCCUCCUGCACCUCCUCAACAAUUUAUCCAUGGCCUGCAGUGUAUGAUUGGGAUGUAAGAUGACAUUGUUUGCACUGUUUGCAUCGUGAAUGCUGAUUCAGGUUAAUGGUGGAUUUACUUGUUCCAAAAGAUAAAUUGUAUUUUGUGAGGGAAAAAGUGUCACAGCAGCUAUAAAAUAUUCACAGGCUCUUCCUGCUGCAGUAACAGCUGCUGCCCAACUCAAGUUUUCUUGAAAAUGGCACUAAAAUCUGAAAUGUUUGGUUUUUUGCUUGUUACUAUAGAUUUGGUGGUGAAGUAGAUACUUGAAAUAAGGCUAAGUGUUUUAAAGAGUCUGUUCCUUGGCCUUUACAUGCAUACAUUUUGAUUUAUAUCUAAAUUUUACUCCUUUUACCAGUAACAAAUCUGUAAGAUAUCACUUGGCAAGUAAUAAACUAUAGCAGCUACAGUCGAGUCCAAUUUCAUGUCCACAUAAAACCCUUAAUUACUCCUGAUGGGGUCAUAAGGGUGAUCUUCUUUUCCAAGAACAACACUGAAACUGUUGGGACAUUUCAUUUAAAAAAUAAUUUUCAUUUCCAAAGCGCUCUACAGUGCAACGGUUUCAGCAUGCAUGCGUAUCAGCAUGUUUCUCAUAUUACUAUAGGCAAGUCACAGAUGUAUAUGUGAUCGGAGUGCAACGACUUAGACUGGAGUACUUGUCAAGCAAGGCUAAAAUAAACAUGUUUGGUUUAAAAGUGGCAUAGCAAUAAAUUGUUCUUGAGUCAUUACAGUUUGUGAGUACGGAUUAUGGAAUUUCUUUCUUCUGCUUCCCAUGAAUGUGAAGCAUCCAUGUGGACCACACUGUCCCCUGAGACCAUUUUAGCUCUGAAAUGUUGUUAAACCAUUUGAUAUCACUGCGAUGGCAGUGAAUGCCUGCAAUGCCACUCCUUUUAUUUUUACAGACUUCAACUGGGUGACCCACACUGGAGGACAAAGUAGCACAGAUACUAUGACUAAUUUGAAGAUCAACAAUAUAUUAAUAGAAAUUUCUUUGUUUAUACAGCUUAAUAGUUGGUCGAU